AUGAAAGUUGUGAUCGCAUUUGCCUGCCUAAUGGCACUAGCCGCUGCCGUUGAUGAGACGGACGUAGCAGUCGAAGUAGCUGACCUCGAUGUUGCCGCACACCGUGGUGGAUACUACGGAGGACGUCCCGGACGGUACGGAGGAUACGGAGGAUACGGUGGCGGAUAUCACGGAGGAUACGGUGGGUACGGUGGACACAGAGGAUACGGAUGGGGCCGUAAACGUCGCUCGGUUGAAGACGAAGUGCUGGCGGCCGACUUGGACACCGCUGAACAUUACCGUGGAGGUUGGGGUUAUGGAGGUCGUGGAGGCUACGGCGGAUACGGAGGCUACGGCGGAUACGGAAGUUAUGGUGGAUACGGAGGUUAUGGUGGAUAUAGACGGUAUGGCGGAUAUGGUGGUUAUCAUGGUAGAGUAGAAGCAACAACCGUGACUGUGAAUCAGUAUAAAAGGGACACGAACAGGCUGGAUAGAUAUCAGUCUUCAGCCAUCGAGAGCAACAGUUUCACACUCCCCAAAGCCAUGAAAGUCGUGAUCGCAUUAGCGUGCCUAAUGGCACUAGCCGCCGCCGUUGAUGAGGCUGAUGUAGUCGUCCAGGUAGCUGAUCUAGACGCUGCCGAACACCACAGAAGCGGAUACUACGGAGGCCGGCCUAGUGGAUACGGAGGUUAUGGCGGAGGAUAUCGAGGGGGAUACGGAGGGUAUGGCGGAGGACAUCGAGGUGGUUACGGAGGAUAUGGUGGACACGGAUGGGGCCGUAAACGUCGUUCGGUUGAAGACGACGCCCUUGCUACUGACUUAGAAGCCGCUGAACAUCGUCGUGGAGGUUGGGGCUAUGGAGGACGUGGAAGCUACGGCGGACACGGAAGUUAUGGUGGACACGGAGGUUAUGGUGGAUACGGAAGUUAUGGCGGACACGGAGGUUAUAGUGGAUACGGCGGCCACCGCGGCUAAAGCAAAAUUUUUCUUUGACUUCCAUCAAAUUGUUGCUGUUAUUGUUAACCGUGUUUUAUGGUAUGGUGGUUUAAUUCGUUAUAUUGCGAGGCGUUUUCGUAAAUCCCAAAAGCUAAUGUCAACUUCCUGAACAACUGUUUUGGUUCAAUAAAAAUAUUAGCGCGUUAAA